AUGAACACUCACCACAUUCCAAUGGGUCGCUCUCUCGCUCCCAAGGACACCCACAUGCCUCCCCAGCAGCAUCAAGGGGCAGUAGAUCCGCUUCCUCGCCCUCCUCACAAUCAGCCCUUCUUGAAUCCUCUUCUCCCGCCCUCGGAACAGGACGCGCGCCCUACGUUGUCCGCGCCACCAUCUCAUUUCCCGGCCCCGGUUUCGCCGCACUUCUAUACUCCCCCGCCCGCCUUCCAAGCUCAGCCCUUUGUGGCGCAUGUACAGCACCAGACGCGCAAUAAUGCACAUCCGCCACCUUCCUCCAAUGACUCUAAUACCAGCGACGGGUAUAACCUCAGCUUUCCCUCCAUCGAAGCAUUCCAGCGUUGGCGCGCGGAAUUGGAGGAAAGUGACAUAGUUGAGUUCAUCAAGGAACCUGCCUCCCCGCCUAAUCCGGGUCCUUACUGCAUCGCUCAACACACGAGACUGGUGUGCAGUCGUCAAUUCAAAGGCGUGAGGGACAAGUACGCCAAGCCCUGUCCAGAGAGGAGACGCGUUUCUCCCAGCCAUAAGAACGAAGCAGAAGGAUGUCCAGCGUCCAUCAGUUACAAGGUGUGCUACGGCGGCGAACCAGGCGUGCACGCAAUGUACUUCCAUCAACAUUCGCAUCCAAUUGGCCCAGAGAACCUCCCAUUCACACGAAGAGGACGUAAACCGGCAGAGUAUGACAAUAAGCUCCUGGAACAGGGUCGCUUCUCCCGCAUCAACCCUGAGCUAAACGGAACGGGUUCUUCUGCCGUCCAGGGUGCCGCGGCAUCCAAAAAUAAGGAACUCCGAGCCGAAGAUGCUUUGCGAAACGACCAGCCGCCGCCAAUGGGACGACUUGCGCCUCCUGGUGGACCCCCGAACUUCAUUGUCGAUGCGUUGCCUUAUCAGAAGCAGCAUGUUCCUGGCGUCGUUCAAGAGCGGUCGUAUCCCCCUGUGCAGGCAGCGCAGGCGUCUUUUCAAUCACAGGUGCCCGCAUCCAGUUCUCCGUUGACGACGCGCAGUACUACAACAUACGAGCAAAGCUACAUCGGUAACCCAUCACAACCGCCCGAGGCGCCUGUGUCUGCGUCUGCUCCUCCGUACCUUGGACACAGUAACCACGUAUAUGCGUACCAACAAGAAGCAACCUCAAAUUUUCAGAACGGGCAAGUACACCAGCCUCAGCCGAACCAUGUAAUCCACCAACUGGAGGUACACGAUCACCAAUCCCAGUACCUCCCUACGCCUACGACCCCGUCGUCGCAAAUACAGACGUUCACUCCGCCUCAAUCCCAUCCGAACUCUCACGCGGCUUACGCGCAUUUCUCCCAUCAUGACGUCCAGGCUCAACCGGCACAAGGUCAGACAGCGCGUACUUUCGAUACGGCAACUCAUGCUUCGCCCGUGUCUCCUAUCACGCCACAAACUCGAUCGAUUACGCAUCCGCCGAUAAACUCCCAGGUAUCUAUAUCACAACAGCAACAGCAGCACGUCUAUCCGCAGAACGUCUUGUCCAGCGAAGACCGGUGGAAUCGCUUGGAGGCGCUAUUUCAAGCAAUCAAGCUCCGUGCGCGUAGCCAAGUUCUUCCCGAACCUGCCAUCUCCACACUCGAAACUCUACUUCUUCAGCUUUACUCCGAGGGAGAACGGCAGCACCAACAAUCGCAACAACAACCGCCACCGCUGGAGCAACAACAGGGAUAUCCACGGCCUGAGAAUAACCAAAUUUACAGAGAACAAGCGAUGUAUAGGUAAAAUAGCUUCCAUGAAGCUUGUCUACUUGAAAAAAGAGGGUGUUGCCGGACGUACUGCUGUCAUGAAUCACGGGUGCGCCGCACUACCACACCACACUGGCAAUUCCGUAGUCCGAUGAUACGCAUUCCCGCCACUGUGUAGGAAUGGAAGCGCGUGGAUUCGCUAAGUGGGUGCAUUAUGCGGUUUUGUUCGUUUGUUUGCUUUCACACAUAUUCAUCGACACGGGAAAAGUUUGUUUCUCUGCUGUGCGCAGUAGAUUGUACACUUCUUUUGACUUCUUUGUUCUCUGUUUUUUUUUGUCGUUUUUCUUCUCUUCUUUUUUCUUCCCUAUGCAUUUGAGUGUUUGUGGCGCGAUCGAACGCACUUACUUGACUUUUGUGUCUUGCUUCUCACCCACCCAGUCCGAUCUACUACACAACUUUAUUUAAUACAUAGACAGUUUUAUUUUAUCUUAUUGUAGAGAUGUACAUAUACCGUUCCGUACUCACAUACCUCCGUUUCGUCUUCGUCAUCAUCGUUCCAAAGCACAUGUGUUACUACGUCUCAUCUAAUUUUCCACUGUAGCCGUCCCCCAAAAUUUUUUGCCUUCAUCUGACUGAAAAGCUCGUCCACUUGUCCACUUACUCUGUUCUCCCGUUAACUUUUUAUACUUUCAUAUUGUAGAAUUCAUUUUUAUUCCC